AUGGAUGGCAAAGCUAUCAUCACUGAUGAUGGGGCCAAAAGCUUCAUCACUGAUGGAUGGCUGUUUGAGACCCACCCAGAGUGUAAAGACGUCUUCUUCAUGUUUAGAGAAGUUGACGAUCUGGAGACUCUGAGGACCAGCAGAGAGCUGAGAGCCCACGGACUCAGGAUCAUGUCUUUCAUUGAGAAGACGGUUGCCAGGAUUGACCAGGACGAACGUCUGGACCAGCUGAUCCUGGAUCUGGGCAGGAAGCACCACCACUACAACGCCCCGCCAAAAUACUACAAAUUUGUAGGGGCGGAGUUUAUCCGAGCCGUGCAGCCGGUCCUGAAGGAGCGCUGGAGCUCAGAUAUGGAGGAGGCCUGGAAGACCUUGUUCCUGUACAUCAGCCGCACCAUGAAGAGAGGCUUCCAGCAGGAGGACAGAGACCAGAGGGACACCUAA